UUAUUUAAUUUACCAACAAAACUAUAUUAACUAGUUCCUAAUUUACUACAAUAAAUGAAAUGAUGUAGCACCCCUUAUUUUUAUCCUAUUUAAAUCAUAAAAAAUGUGCUAGAUUUUAUCUAUUUUAUGUGAAGUGUAAUAAUUGAAUAUGUCUCAAUUAUUACUGUGCAGAGUGUGCCUAGCCAGUAACGUGACUGUUUACAAUAUAUUGAACUCGUGUCUUCAAGAAAUGUAUGAGAAGUUGACGAGAUUACCACUCCAUGCAGAUGACGGCAAGCCAAGCACAGUGUGUAGCAUCUGCCUGGCGCUGCUGCAGAAGAGCUACCAGCUCUGGGUGCAGUCCGUCACCUCCGACCGGCUGCUGAGCAGGCUGCUCGCUACUAACAAUGAGCUCACACAAGACCUGAUUCAGCACAUAGACAGACGAGGGCACAAGCUAACACCAAAUUUUAUUAUUCAAACGGAGCAUUUCGAUAUUAAACCCAGUGGAGAAUCAGCAGAAGUUGAAGUUAAAACGUUAAAGGAGGAACCUGAAGGUGUAUCAUCAGACCAUGAGGACCAUGAGGGCAUCGAGGACCGUGUGUCCGUUAAAGACGCACCAUCUGACUCAGAAGAUGACCUUCCUCUGCUCGCCAUCAGCCAGAACAAGAAAAAGAAGUAUGUCACUCAUAAAGACAAGGAGUUCUUGAAAGGCUUCAAAUCCGGUUACGCCCGAGAACUGAUCCUAACCACAGAGCAGCAGCUGGCAGAACUACGCGCACGUGGUUCCUCCGUUAACUACCUCAACGCGCCGUUCAAAUGCGCGCCCUGUCGGCGAGGGUACGUCGAGCCCGCCGCCUUCAACAAUCAUCGAAUAAAACACGACCCGAAAAGCGGAUGCCACGUGUGCGAGAUCUGCACGAUGCGCUACAAAACUGCACGCAAACUGCGCGCACACGUCGUAACUGCACACGAACGGCGCUACCAAUGCAAUACCUGCUCACACCGCUCACACACUGCAUCCCAAGCGCGCGAGCACGAAAAAUGGCACCGCGGGCAUCUCUACGUGUGUAAACUGUGCGGGCACGCGUCGCGCGCGUCCACCUCGCACCUGACGCACCUGCGCGCGCACCACCGCACGCAGCACGUGUGCGCGCGGUGCGGCGACAGCUUCGUCGGCGCGCACGGCCUGCGCAUGCACGAGGGGAAGGCGCACGCCGACCGGAACCCCGUAACCGACGACUCUCCAGCGUCAGAGCGCUACUGCGCCGAGUGUGACAUCCAGUUCGUGACGCUGCUCGCUUGGAAGCGACACAUACUUAGCGCCUCCAACCACGCCUUCAAACAAGACAAGGGUGUCUGCGUGAUCUGCGGGCCCGCCUGUCCGGGUGACGGGACGCAUCUGAAAGAGAGCGUGAGGGCGCUGCGCCCCCCCAAUAAGACGCUUACAUUGCGGGUCACUACACUCACUUGCGAACAGUGUGGAUCCACGUUCGCAAACGGAUCCAAGCUGCAGGCUCAUGUCAAGAGGGUCCACCUGGGCGUAAAAUACAAUAAGCACGUCGUAUGUGAAGUGUGUGGCAAGAGUUGUACGUCCAACGCCUCACUAAAAUACCACCAGCGCACUCACACGGGAGAAAAACCCUAUCCCUGCCAAUCAUGCCCAAAGAGGUUCGCGGACAGCAACCAACUUCGUAUCCAUACGCGGCGGCACACCGGAGAACGGCCAUACUGCUGCCGGCACUGCCCGAGGACGUUUACACAGAAACCCGCGCUUAACAGGCACUAUAGGGUACACACCGGGGCUAAGCCGUACUCCUGCCAGUACUGCGCCAAGAGCUUCAGCCAGUCCAACUCCUUGAAGCUGCACGUGCGAACCGUGCACCUCAAGAUGCCCGCCAAGAAACGAGAUGAUAAGACAGACGGACUCAUCUUAGAAAAACUUGAAUAAAGAUUGUUAUAAUCAUUUACAAAACUUCAAAUGCCUCGGUUCAAUUUCGUUUCUUUCGAAAUAUGAAUGUGUUAAGCCCGUCACAGAGUGAUAAUAUAUCGGCAGAUACCGUACUGCAUCUUUCGAUAUCUUUAACGCACUAUUGGAUAGGGUCCACAUACAAAACUAUACCGUAUAUUUUGGUAUCCUACGAUAUCUUAUGGCAAGGCAUCUUGAGAAACGAUAAGAAAAAUAUUUUCGUAUAUUUCGUCUCUCUGACAAUGUAGGUGCUAGACAGACAGCGACAUAGAUUUUGGUGUCGUUGUCGUGUGGUGUUUAGCUAUACUAUAUCUGUCGGUAUCUUAAGGUAUAUUAAUAUACAAGGUGACCUUAGCCAUUGGACAAACCCUGAAAUCCCACGUAGGGUUACUUCUGAGGAAUGCUCUGACGUUAAUAUUUUUUAAAUUAGAACAAAAGAUAAAAAAAUACUUUUUUCGAACAAAAGUUAUUUGAACUUAUUUGCAAUAAUCGACAACAAAAAGAAACACACUGUGUUAUUCUUUGGCAGUGUUUUUGACAAUUUGUUCGAAAUAUUUGAUAAUGAUGACAUUUUUCAAAAGUCAGAAGCUUAUUAGUGUCAUAAAUAAAAAAGAUAAUCAAAAAGGUUGAAGAAGGUUCCAUACUAUUCUUUGAGGACCUUAGGAGCUACUAACACAUACAGGCUGCUCCAAAGUAAAAAUUGGUAAUUUGUUAAUUUCCUCGAAACUGCUUCACCGGCUGUUAUGAUACUUUGUACACUGGUUCUAAAUACCCUAAUGCAUAUGUACCUUUCGGCUUUGUCCAAUGGCUAGGGACACACUGUAUAUUGUCAGGUUACAAGCAAAACUCACUAAUUACCACCACAAGUUGAUAGCCAUAAUGAACCAUAUUACUACUGAAUUUAAGUUGAUUUUUGUUUAAUUAUUUUUUAAGUAAUUAGUGAGUUUUGCUUGUCACCUGACGAUAUUAUCGUCCCGUCUGUGACGGGCUUUAGCCUUAACGUUAACUGGUAAAGAAUGCCUUAUAGCAUUAAAUUCGCCUUUUAUAUGUUAAGAUUUCCUUUUGUGCAAUAUAGCUUUAAUAAGUCUUGAUGUAACUGCUAGAGAAGUUAUAAAACCCUAGUCAGACAGUGACUAUGUUUGAAAUAAAGGACAAAAACUGCCUCACCCGAGACUCGAACUUGCGGUUAUUCCCACUAGUUACCACCAAGUUACCAGUGGUAAUUACUGGGAGUUUUUUUUUCAACCUUUAUUGUCUCCAGAAAAGUCUUUUUACUAUUUGUUUAUAAAUAAAGCAGUAAAAAUAUAUAUCUAAACCAUUUUGUUGUAGUACUACUGCUAAACAACAUUUUUUUUAAUGUAUGUAUUUAUAAUUAUUAAUGCAUAAUAUAAUUGUAAAUAAUUGAGAUUGUAAUUUUUUGAAUCGAUAUUUAAAGUAAUAAAUUAUUUGAACUUGA